AUCUACCUGGCUGCCCUCCUGGGCAACGGCCUCAUCAUCACCACCAUAGCCUGGGACCAGCACCUCCACACCCCCAUGUACUUCUUCCUGCUCAACCUCGCCCUCCUCAUCUUGAGGGCCGUGCUGAGGAUCCCCUCUGAGCAGGGACGGCACAAAGCCUUUUCCACCUGCCUCCCUCACCUGGCUGUCAUCUCUCUGUUUGCCGGCACCUCCUUUUUUGCCUACCUGAAGCCCCCAUCCAUCUCUUCCCCAUCCUUGGACCUGCUGGUGUCUGUUCUAUACUCGCUGAUAACUCCAACAUUGAACCCCCUCAUCUACAGCAUGAGGAACAGGGAGCUCAAGGAUGCCCUGAGGAAACUAAUGGAGGGAUGCAUUUGA